GUUUUGGAAUGACCACACCACAAACGAUAGAAGGGAAAAUCCUAGUGGUCCUUUAUGGAUUUCUUGGGUGUUCCGGUGCGUUUCUCUUUUUCAACCUGUUUCUGGAAAGGAUUAUCACCUUUCUUGCUUAUAUUCUCAGAUAUUUUCAUGAGAUGGAUUUACGACGUAAAGGUAUGUUUGGUGGAGAUCGGCGAGACUCACAGAUUUCUUAUGAAGAUAAUCUAGACCAAUGGAAACCUUCCGUAUAUUGGGUUAUGUUAUAUCUUUUCUUGGGGUGUGUAUUUUUGGCCAUUUGUGCCUCUGCGCUUUAUUCACCUGUAGAAAACUGGACUUAUUUCGAGAGUCUUUACUUCUGUUUCGUAGCUUUUGCUACAAUUGGAUUUGGAGACUACGUUUCAAGCCAGCAACCAUACUAUAACAAUGUGGAGUGGUAUCGGCUGGGAAACUUCAUCUUCAUAGUAUGUGGUUCUUGUUUUAUGUACAGUCUCUUCAACGUUAUCUCCAUAGUUAUCAAACAGUUUCUCAACUGGGUUAUCAAGAAAUCUGACUGUCGCUGCACCUGCCUUAAAAAAUCUAAAGUUCAAAUCAGGCCUCCUAUCCCUCGAGGACGCAGAAAUGCUAUUACCCCAGAGCACCUUAAACAAACCAACAGAACAGCUCCUCCUAAAACAGCGGCGGAAAUCAACGAACCAGAUUCAACGUACGAUAGUGAAGGAGAGCGAAGGAAUUCUGAUGAGAUGAUUUCUAUGCAGGAUUUUCUCAAGUCUAACAAAGUUUCACUGGCUGUGAUGCAGAAGGAACUUCAUGAGUCAGCUCUUCGUGGCCGUGCCAUCAUUCUUCCACCUAGACCAUCAGUGGAGGAGUUCAAACCUGGGAGUGUUGGACCUUUGGCUAUUGCUUCUAGGAAAUUUGGGGAGGACAUAGCCUAA